UAGUCAUAGAAACCCAUAAAACUAAUUACCCCCUAAAUCAAUCAUUUCUAUACUUUCAUCUGUUUUUUGUACUUCAAAUGGAGUUGUACUCUGUGCAACUUAACUUGUACACUGCCUAUUUAAACCAUACCCUCCUUACUUUUCCAUUAUCUGAAGACAUAUAACUUAUAAGCCAUAUAGGUAUAGUGGUAUACCCCACUGAUCUUUUAAAGAAAUUAACCACACAACACACAACACACAAUACACAACACAAAUCUUGAAUUUCAAGAUUGGAAAGCUCUAACCUUUUAUCUACUUAUCUUAUAUUCUCUCUCUCUCUCUAGAACUCGAGAAACAAGAGAGAGAAACAAACCAACAAUGGCAGUGUGCACAGUGUACACAGUCCAAGCUCUAAGCUCAUCAUGCUCAAUCUCAUCACCCACAAAAACCCACAUGGGAUUGAGCCCAAAACAGGUGUUGUUCUACAACAAUAGUGGCAAAAAGACCAAAAGUGGGAGGUUUAGAAGUGGUGAGAUCACAUGCUCUGGUGACACAAUAGUAAUAGGACUAGCAGCAGACUCUGGGUGUGGAAAAAGCACCUUCAUGAGAAGGUUAACCAGUGUGUUUGGUGGUGCAGCCUCUCCACCAAAGGGUGGGAACCCUGACUCAAACACACUUAUAAGUGACACAACCACUGUCAUAUGUUUAGAUGAUUAUCAUUCAUUGGAUAGAACUGGAAGGAAAGAAAAGGGUGUGACUGCACUUGACCCUAGAGCCAAUGACUUUGAUCUUAUGUAUGAACAGGUUAAGGCUCUUAAAGAUGGUGUGGCUGUUGAGAAGCCUAUUUAUAACCAUGUUUCUGGGCUUUUGGACCCUCCUGAGCUCAUUAAACCACCUAAGAUUCUUGUCAUUGAAGGUUUGCACCCAAUGUAUGAUGAGAGAGUAAGAGACCUACUGGACUUCAGUAUUUACCUGGACAUUAGUAACGAGGUUAAAUUUGCAUGGAAAAUCCAGAGAGACAUGGCAGAGAGAGGACAUAGUCUUGAAAGCAUUAAAGCUAGCAUUGAGGCCAGAAAACCAGAUUUUGACGCUUAUAUCGACCCGCAAAAGCAAUACGCGGAUGCAGUAAUCGAAGUGUUGCCAACCCAGUUGAUUCCCGAUGACAACGAGGGAAAAGUGUUGAGAGUGAAGCUCAUCAUGAAAGAAGGCGUUAAAUACUUCAACCCUGUCUACUUAUUCGAUGAAGGUUCCACUGUUUCAUGGAUCCCAUGUGGAAGAAAGCUCACUUGCUCGUACCCUGGCAUCAAAUUCGCCUAUGGUCCAGACAGCUAUUUCGGCCAUGAGGUUUCAGUGUUGGAGAUGGAUGGACAAUUUGACAGACUAGAUGAACUCAUCUAUGUUGAAAGCCAUUUGAGCAACAUUUCGACAAAAUUCUACGGUGAAAUCACGCAACAAAUGUUGAAACAUUCUGACUUCCCCGGUAGUAACAAUGGUACUGGUUUGUUUCAAACCAUAGUCGGGUUGAAGAUCCGAGAUUUGUUUGAACAAAUUGCAGCCGGUAAAGGAGCUGUCUCACUUGAAGCUUCAAAAGCAUGAUCAUACAUAAACAAAGAGUUAUUAUUAUGAGUUCAUGUUGUGAUCACAUUAUAUGUAUUUUAUUCCAUUUAUGUAUGUAUGUAUUCCUUCGCUAUAUGUAAUAUAAGUACACCAGUUCAUAAAUGUAACCCUGGUAAUUAUGUUUAUUAAAAGCUUUAUUAUUAUUCUUGUAA